AUGUUGGUGACUUUGGUUCUAGCAAGGUUCGCUUUUGGACAGCAUCAAAUAAUCCCACCAAAACUCAACAUGUCAGUUGGGCUAAAGGGUUCCAUAGGAUACAUUCCUCCAGAGUAUGGCAUGGGAGGCCAAGUUUCCGUACUUGGAGAUGAAAAAGACCAAGUGAUGACCAUGUUCAAAGAUGGUCUAAGCAUCACCAAUUCACAGCCAUGGCUCGUCCGACCAUGUCAUGGACGUAGUGAGCCUUCAUUGCUCCUUGAAACGGAUGAUGAGAAUGAUGAAGAUGACAAAUAUGGAAAUCGCAUAGAAGAAAGACAAGUAGCAGGAUAUAAAGAUCUGGCCAGUCAAAGCAAAAGAUUGGGGAAUGCUGGAUUCGUUGAUGCAAAUAGGGCUCUCAUGCUCUGCAACAUCACCAAGAGACCGGAUGUCUAUGGAGAUCGUUGUCAACAAAAUGAUGCAAUAGAGACUCAUAUCUCAAUUUAA